AUGAUGGCCAUUUUAGUUGUUUUACGUGCACAGCUUACAUACGUAUUUGCGUCUUACUGUUUUAUUACCGUUCUUAUUAUCACAGUCUCUUAUGUUAUUAUUAUUUUGAAUGUCAAAAGCAGCCCUCAAUCACAUAUUUUUGGAUCAAAGCUUUUAGCAGAGAAGAAACUAUCAAUAACCUUAUUUGCAAUGACUGUGGCGUCCUUCCUGACCAUUCUACCUUUGGCUGUUUGGGUAGCUAUGUUGAGACACAUAUGGUGUGAGUUGAGCCCUGUGAUAGCUGAUCGCUUUCGCUUUACAUUUUCUGGCUUAUAUUUAUGUAAUUCCAUAGUUAAUCCGAUAAUAUACGCUUUAAGAAUGCAAGAAUUCAGAAAAGCAGUCAGGAAACUUUGUUGU